GACUUUGACUUUCACUUUAUUUAUACCUUUUGCCUGGCUUUACCGAACUUUACGACUCAACGAAGUUUAUUUUUUUUAUUUAUUAACAGUCAUUUUUACUAGGCAACUUCUUCACUGGAAUCAGUAAUGCAACGUACAGUUAAUAAAAAGGAUAGGUUGCCAGGCAACGAAACAUACGCCCACAGGAGCUAAAUCGUCCGGGCAGUCAACAAGUGUUGUCGCAUAGCCAUAAAUAUUUUUACUUUUUUCGAUAUUCAUAUUGCUACAUCCCUAAGAACUGAAGAUGACACAUAAUUUGAUCAAGAAACUCCGACAUAUGGACUUUCCUGAGUGUACUAGAGAGGCUUUACAGCAUCUUACAUCGAUCUUUUCAUCAUCACAAGAUUCAGUGCCUGGUCUAAGUCAUGGUGUGGAAGCUUUAGCAGCAGAUAUUUGUCAAGAGUUUAUACUAUUCAAGAGUAAAGGAAAACCCCAAAAGACUCUACCACCAAUUGAAGAAUUACAACUCUUACAGAUGUUGUGUACAAGUUUUAAUGAAGCCUCACAGAAGAGUAAAUAUCAGAUAUUUAAUGCCAUCUUUUGUCCAAGGGGAGAUAAUUACAGCAGUUCACUUCUCACCAAACUUGUAUCAAUGGCAUUAUCUAUAAGCUGCAGUCCUGUGCUAGACUGUGCUGCAAUUUGGGCUCAGGAAAGAGGGUGCAGUACAAGACCAGUUCAGCAAUUAACAUUACGACUAGUUGAAGAUUAUUGUUUAUUAUUUGUUGAUCCAUCUAUAGUGUUCCAGAAAUUACCAUCUACAUCACCGCUAUUUGUUUGUAAUUUUAUCACAUCUGUCACCAUGCUAUAUUCAUUUCAAGAUACAAGAUCAGUGCCUCCCCUGUGUUUAUUAGAACAUGUAACAGAAUGGAUAAACACAGACUGUACAUUAUGUUGUGAAUCCGUUCGGCAAUCUCGUAUACAUAACAAUUACUCAUCUCCAAUCCCGGGAUUAACAGGAUGGUGUGUUCGUGGAAUAAUUCUUUCUAAACAUCUCUUAAAUAGUGCUAAAAAUGGUAGUGAAGAUAGUUCUAAGUCUUCUCAAGAUGUUGAACUUGAAAAAGCUACAAAACUGUUGAAUUUGUUAUCUAAAUUACAUUUGGGAUUGUUGCAGAGUUUACAGUUUUGUCAGACGAAUAUUAACAAUAUUUCCCAGUAUCUGAUCACAGUGAUGAACAUGUUAGAUAUUAUUCAUUCUUUAAUAAUAGUAUGUCGAGCUUGUUCUGUUACCCCCGAGGAAGAAAGUCUACAUACAGCUUUAGAGAGAUUUUCACAAGUCAUUCAAGUUUCUGCUGUUAGUGGUUGUCUUGGCGUGGAAACCGGAAAAUUGAAUGAAUUUCGUAAUAUUGCUUUGAACAGUUUCCCUAGAAACAGAUUAUUACACAUGGUGCUAGCUUUUUUAACGGGUGAAAAUCAGCAAAAAGUUCAAACAAGGCCUUAAUUUAUGAACUAUCCAGUUGCUAAAUGCCUCUAAAAGAUUACCUUGAUUUAUGUGUUUAAUAAAUUUUUAAAAUUAAA